AUGUAUGUAAGUCAAGGUGUGGAAGUUGAUGCCAUUUGCAAGAAAGCUAGCAAUCCUUCAUUUUGUAGAAAUAUUGUGAAUUCAAAGCCUGGUGGAAUAGCUAAUGCAGAUCUUGUUGGCAUUGCUCAAUAUGUCGUUGAUGUGACACGUGUGAAUGUGACCAACACUAUCAAACUAAUUCACAAGCUAAUUAGACGAAAUGUUAACAAUUCAGAUGCAAGAGAGCAUUAUACAUUAUGCUUAAAACAUUUCAAUUAUGAAACAGGUGCCCUUAGAAGAGUGGAGCUUACACAAGAGACACUGAAAAAGAGAGAUUACUCAUCCUUGAAUAUGAAUGCUGUUGCAAUCAACACUAACAUUAAUUUGUGUCUUGAUGGAGAGUUACCUACUGAUGAUUUUAAUCCUUUUCAUGAUACAUCUUUGCUCCCUACAUUUGCUGAUGCUAUUUCACAGGUUAUUGAAAUAAUUAUUAUUGUAUCUGAUAUGUUGUACCCUAACGUAUGA